UCUCCAACUCGCCAGCCACGGGGCAUGAAGAGGAAAAAGAAGGCGGCGGAACCCGCGGCCAAGAGGCGCCGGCCGCGGGACCGGGAUGGCGAGCUCGUCGGCGACGGGGAUCUCAUCAGCAAACUCCCCGAUGACAUCCUCGGCACCAUCAUCUCCCUCCUCCCCACCAAAGACGGCGCGCGCACGCAGGCCAUCGCCCGCAGAUGGCGUCCCCUCUGGCGCUCCUCGCCUCUCAACAUUGAUGAUGCCUUUUUCCUCUGCUCCAACGCCUUCAAGCGCUUCUCCGUCGUCUCCAGGAUCCUCGCCGACCACCCUGGCCCCGCCCGCCGCUUCCGCUUCCACGACAUCCGCCUCCACAAAGACAAGAAACGGCAUGCCGAGGAAGCCGCUCAGGUCGAGAACUGGUUCCAUUCCCGAGCCCUUGACAAGCUUCAGGAGCUCGACAUCAGCUUUGAGUUCUUGGGCUAUGAACCUCGGAAGCUUUACCCGCUGCCACCAUCCGUGUUCCGCUUAGCAUCCCUCCUCGUGGCCACAAUCAGCUUCUGCGAAUUCCCAAAUCAGAUUGCUCCUUCGAUGAGUUUUCCCACCCUCAAGCAGCUCACCCUGUUUCGCGUUUUCAUCUGCGAGGAUGUCUUUCGGCGGGUGCUCUCUGCCUGCAAUGUCUUGGAGUCACUUAAAUUGGAGGAUAUUUGUGACGCGAAUUGCUCGCGCUUGGGCAUUAGCUCCAAAAGUCUUAGGAGCGUGAGCCUCUGCGCUUGUUUUUCAGGCAAAGGAGAAUUGUUCAUUGAGGACGCCCCUCUCCUUGAAAGGCUGCUACUACCUUGUCCGGGUGCAGGCGGUGAUACUGUCCGGGUAAUUAAGGCACCUAAACUGGAGAUAUUAGGCCCUUUGUCUCCCUGUAUCCCUGAAAUUGAGAUUGCUAAUAUAGUCUUCAAGAGUUUGAUCCCAACAAGCUUGAAUAAUACCAUAGACACAAUGAAGGUUUUGGCUCUCAAGUUUUCGGCCACCGAUUUGAAUGCUGUUAUUGAUGUCUUAAGAUGCUUCCCCUGCUUGGAGAAGCUUCAUGUCAUUUGGGAGAAACACAGCUUAAAGAUAGGUAUGAAAGAUGCACGUCAAUACGACCCACUAGAUCCUGUCAAAUGCCUUGAGACCCAUCUAAAAAAACUGGUGUUGAAAAAUUACCUAGCCAGUAAGCAAGGUGUUGGAUUUGCCAAGUUCUUUGUUUUGAACGCAAAAUUGCUGAAGCAAAUCAAAUUUGGGGUCCGUGAUAGCAUCAACAAGGAACGGGUGGUCAGCAACAAGAUCAACAGCAAGGAAUGGUUGGCUAAUCAAUACAGGUUGCUAGAAAUGGAAAAUAGAGCUUCUCGAGAUGUGCAAUUGGAAUUCGUACGAAGUUAUAAUGAGGAGUGUUUGGAUCCCCAUGAUUUGUCAACUGCUGAUCCCUUCAAGUGUUAUUUGUAAAUUGAGUUGAUGAUUUUUCAGAAUAAGCAUGGCAAUGGUUUGUCAAUGCUGAUUCCAUUGA